UCCUUUUCUCCCUCCCUCUCUCAGUGAUGGAUGCUUUAAGAGGCUGAAACUUCUCAGUAGGAGCAGUAACUGCUCUAGAAAGCUGUAACAGGGACUCUGGAGCUCCUUUGCCAUUUUACAGUCUCCACGCAACAUAAAGUGGAUUUUGUUCAGGCGCCUGGAAAUCUUUGGGGUGACUCAUAUACACGCGCGCCUGUGUGUGUGUGUGCGCGCGUGCGUGCGUGCGUGCGUGGGUGUGCGCGCGUGUGUGUGUGAAUGCGCGCGCGGACGGAUAAAUUGAGUCGAUUCACGCGCUUGGAGAGAGAAAGAGAGAGAGAGAGUUAAUCCAGAAGAAGCUUUAUUUAUACAGGAUUGUAGCAGUGUUUGGUGUUCCCCAGGAUAAUUCAACAUAAAGAAGAAAACACACCUUAUAACACACCCAGGCGCGCGCUCACACACUCACAUUCUCCCUCACACAUACCUUCACACACUCUUUGUUUUGGGGUUUUUUUUUGGGGGGGGGGGGUUUAUUGUAGACUACAGAGCUGGAGCGCGAGCCUGUGCUACACACCUGUAAACGCAGUGUGGUCUUGGUGUGAAAAGCCCACAAUCUAAUGAUGAUGGCGGCUUCGGCUUCAUCCUCCUCCUCAUCCUCAGCCGUCGAAGUGGAUCAGAGCUCUGCUAAUCUGCGACCUCCAGCCUCGGCGUGUGAUGGUUGGUAUGGAGUCGCGCAUGGCUGCACCCGCAAACUGGGCAUGAAGAUCUGCGGGUUUCUUCAGAAGAACAACAGCUUGGAGGAGAAAGGAAGGAUGAUGGAAUCCUUCAGAGAGAAAGAGCAAAGUCAUAACAUGGAGAACCGGGAGAAGGAAACACGCUUCAGCCGCACCGAGACUGACUUCUCCAACCUGUUUGCUCGAGAUUUACUUCCUGCUAAAAAUGGAGAAGAACCAACUAUGCAGUUUCUCCUCGAGGUCAUGGAGAUUCUAACCAAUUACGUUCGCAAGACGUUUGACAGAUCCACCAAAGUCCUGGACUUCCACCAUCCACAUCAGCUGCUGGAGGGCAUUGAGGGCUUCAACCUGGAGCUCUGCGACCAGCCCGAGUCGCUCGAGCAGAUCCUCGUGGACUGCAGGGACACACUCAAGUACGGAGUCCGCACAGGUCACCCAAGAUUUUUCAAUCAGCUCUCCACAGGGCUGGACAUCAUCGGCCUGGCUGGAGAAUGGUUAACCUCUACUGCUAACACCAACAUGUUCACCUACGAGAUUGCACCUGUGUUUGUGUUGAUGGAGCAACUGACACUGAAGAAGAUGAGGGAGAUUGUUGGCUGGACGAACGGAGAAGGAGACGGACUUUUCUCGCCGGGUGGUGCCAUAUCAAACAUGUACAGCGUGAUGAUCGCCCGGUAUAAGUAUUUCCCUGAGGUCAAAACCAAGGGCAUGUCGGCUGCACCACGCCUCAUCCUCUUCACAUCAGAGCAUAGUCACUAUUCGAUUGCCAAAGCUGGAGCAGCUCUUGGUUUUGGUAAAGAAAACGUCAUCCUGCUCAGCACAGACGAAAGGGGUCGAGUCAUACCUGCAGACCUUGAGGCGAAAGUCAUCAGCGCCAAACAGAAGGGUUACGUUCCUCUGUUUGUGAACGCAACAGCCGGCACUACAGUGUACGGAGCGUUUGACCCCAUCAACGACAUCGCAGACAUCUGCGAGAAAUACAACAUGUGGCUUCAUGUGGAUGGUGCAUGGGGUGGCAGUCUGCUGAUGUCAAGGAAGCAUCGUCACAAGCUGAAUGGCGUGGAAAGAGCGAACUCAGUCACGUGGAACCCACACAAGAUGAUGGGCGUGCCACUGCAGUGCUCAGCCAUCCUGGUUAGAGAGAAGGGAAUUCUGCAGGGCUGUAACUCCAUGUGUGCCGGAUACCUGUUCCAGCCUGAUAAACAGUACGAUGUGACGUAUGAUACGGGAGAUAAAGCCAUCCAGUGUGGCAGACACGUGGACAUUUUUAAAUUCUGGCUCAUGUGGAAGGCAAAGGGCACAGUUGGGUUUGAGCAGCAUGUGGACCGGUGUCUGGAGAUCUCUGACUAUCUCUAUAACAAAAUCAAGAAUCGCGAGGGUUACCAGAUGGUCUUCCAAGGAGAGCCUCAGCACACUAACGUGUGUUUCUGGUACAUUCCACCGAGUUUGAGGAACAUGCCAGACGGAGAAGAAAGAAGGGAACGACUGCACAAGGUGGCACCAAAGAUCAAGGCGAUGAUGAUGGAGUGUGGCACUACCAUGGUGGGCUACCAGCCCCAGGGUGACAAAGUCAACUUCUUUCGCAUGGUCAUCUCCAAUCACGCUGCCACCAAGUCAGAUAUCGAUUUCCUCAUUGAGGAGAUCGAGAGACUCGGACAGGAGCUGUGAGAGCCGCCAUCUUGUGGAGGAGCACCUGUACUGCAGCCCUGAGUGUAAACCUGUGCUGUGUCUAUCCAUCUUUAACGGUUUCAAAUGUAGAUUUAAAUGCACUAUGUCCUGUCAAACUGGCCUGUAAGAUAUCUAGGAAUAGUCUCUACUAACAUGGGUAAAUUCGAAAAACACUCGAGUAAUUUUGGCCACACAAACUUUUUUCCAAAACCUGAAGAUGAUCGCAUGCUAAGCAUCCCCACUGGGUGUCUUUUAGUGUUUACAAUCCUUCCAUUUGAUUUUCCACAGACCACUGUGUCAUCUGUACACAAUACAAAGCAGUCAAACAUGCAAACUAGGCAAUCAAGGGUAAUAUUGCAAGCUCAUUCAAUCCUGAGCUCUGAGAUGACUUCCCCAGGGGGCAUGUUCUCACCAAGGUUUCAUGUGUUUCUUUAGAGUUUUCUCCCAUCUGGUAGAGAGGUUGGCUACACAUAUAACUUCCCCUGCUGUGUAAAUUAAUGCAUGGUGUCCUGUAAUGCCUGGUAUUCCCAGGACAGGCUCUGGACAUUAACCAGGAUGAGAGUGUUCACUGAAGGUGAAGUACUACAGAAAACAAGUACAUUCCUUCAUUGUUUUUUUUUUUUAAUUGUGGAGAUCGCAUGGCAAUCAGAUAUCAGUGUUUUUGAAUGUCUCAUUAACCAAAAACAGCAGGUUUUGAUGAAACAAUUUUGAUGCAUUGCGCAUUUGCAAGUCAUCGAUUCAGGAAAAGAUGGCAUAAUACAUUAUGAUCUGAAGUUUUCAAGAUCAAUUUCUGUUACCACCAAACUGCACUACUUGGCCCUUGAGCAAGGCCCUUAGCCCCUCAGGUGUAUAAAUUAGAUAAGUCACUUUGGGUACGGGUGUCUGCCGAAUGCCAUAAAUGUAAUAUAAAGUGUAAUGAUAUGUUUUAGGUUUGGUUAAUGAAACACAGGCCCCAGAACAGGCAGAAACCUCCUGAAAUUCCAACUCAGUGAUGCAUAAAUGCUUUGAAAUUGGAAUUAGAAAAGUGAAAAGUUUACACAAAUUCUUGAACAUUCUCAUGCCUGCUCUUAAUCCCAGACUCAAAAAUUGAAAAUCGAUGCUUGAAAAUUGGAAUAACAGGAAAGUCUUUCCAUUUCCUCAAGUAUUUCAGGUUUAGUUCAGGUUCUUCUGCAUUCUGUAUUUGCCAGAAAGUCUAUAAAUGUCCUUUUUAAAAGUCUACAUAAAUACAUGCAUUUUCAUGUGGCCAGUUUUCUCACUUAUGGAUUUGUUUGGUGACAUUUAGGAGCUUUCUUUCAGCCCGUAUCUCACCAAAACCAAACCAAAUGGAUACAUAAACAUGUCAAACUUCCCAGUUUCUAUACAUUUCACUAUUUGGAAAUUUUAAGCAAAAUUCAAGUCAUGACUGAAUAAAUAAUAGCAUCUGUUUCAAUUUUGUUAGGAAAGAAAUACUAUUGUUUAAUUUUCAGGUUCAACCCUUUUGAUAGAUUUCUGUGGUCUAAGAUGGUGUUUUAAUGUCAUAUGUGUUUUCAAAUUUGCCCGUGUUAGUGUGGGAAAAAACCCUUUAGAUUAUAUGAUGAUUGGUGAAACAGCAAGAUUAUUAAUAUUCCUAAACAAUUUGAGCCUAAACAUACUUAGAUAUAGAUAUAUAAAUAUAUACUACUACUACUACUUCUACUACUACUACUAAUAAUAAUAGCUGUCCUCAUGCAGUCCUCACUUUUUUUUAUUCACAUUUCCAUAGUAUAUUUAUAUACUAUAUUGUUAUGUGUAACGGGACAUUUUACAGUGCUUCAGGUUGUAAAUAUAUAACAGCGAUGAGCAAGGCGCACCACCCUUUUAACCAAGUCUACUUCCUGUCUACGUGUGCAAUGUGCCGUCUGUGGUCGUGUUUCUAGAACUUUACCUUCUUGUUGUAGGUCAGUGAGGACGGACCGCCCUGUUCCUGGAGAUCUUAACUCCCACUUGCUUAUUCAUCAGGACAGGAAGUGAGGUGUGGGACUGUAAAUCUCCCAGAGCAGGGCUGAUCAUCACUGCUGUAGAUCUUGUCUUUAAUGAACACCUUCGUGAGGUGAAAAACGUGUCUCGGGUAUGAUUAUAAGUGCGCAUUCAGAUUCACGAGCCAUGCUUUCGAAAUCAUCACUUAAUGAACCCAUGUGGUUCAAGUCAUCAAACUGGGAAAUACAGACACUGGGAAAUACAGAUACCAAGCGUAAAGCUGAAUAACGGUAUACAUGUGAGUGAUCAUGAUCCUUCUAGCUGGAUGUUUACCAGAAUCUAGCAAGCAAACAGGAUUGAUAAGAGAAAUUACCAAAUUGUUCAACUGGAAAAAAACAGUUUCAACUGGAAUAAUAAGAAUUUUGUCAUUAUCUUGAAUCGUGGUCUUUUCCAGAUUUGGUGUGCAAAGUCUGGACUUUCAGAAAGCCAUUUCUUCUCUAAAUUGGCAAGGCAUAAACACCUUGAAAUUGGGAUGACAGGACCUUUUAUCCUAUUUUCCAGAACUCCAGAUAUGGUUUAUAAACAUCUGGGCUGUCAGAAAGCACAAAAACUUCUGACCUGCAUUGAAAUUGCAAUUUUAAGAAAAUACCUGAAAUACCUUGAACUUCAGACUCUGCAAUGUAUCAAUAAUAGGAUAAAGCUUGCCUAUGCACAAUAAUACCCCAUCACCUCCACCACCACAACCACCACAAAGAAUUUGGAUCUGGGCCUUUAGAAAGCUUCUGCAGCUCUAACUCAGCAAUAUAUACAUACUUUAAUAUUGCAAUAACAGCCUUUUGAUUUCAGAAAAUUGGCGGACUCUUGGAGGAGCAGUGUGCAAGUCCAGAUUUCAUAAACCAAACCAGGAAAUGAAAGAGAUAUAUGAACAUAUGUGUCGAUGUAUUCAAAUUGGAGUACUGAUUUCAGUUUGAACAAAAAAGACUAUCAACACAAUACAAAAAAAAAGCUCCAACUUUAGUCCAUUUCUAAGGUGAAUGGAUUAGCUAGCUUGUUUGUCAUACACAAAAGUCUUUUUAUACUCAAUAGAAAGACCCAGUUAUGAUGAAAAAAAAAACAAAAGUGUCUGAAAUAUCAACAUUUCCCUCAGAGAUUUUGGAAAGCAACUCAGAAAAGCUGAUAUUACAGUCUAAUUACACUUAGCAUAACAGUCGCUAACCGAACAAUCUUUUGAAGAUACAAUAGAUUCUGCCAGUACAAUCUUCUGGAAAGCAUAUGCAUUAAAGCUUCGAAUUAUUUUCUGACUAGGCAUGUGCUGAUUCUAAAACUUUAUUCCACAGUAAAUGUUUGUGCUACUUCGAAAAUAGCUUGUCAUAGCUCACUAUCUAGCUAACUUUACCUCAGAAUAUGCAGGGAGAUUUAGUGCUUAGCUCACACACUAGCUAGCUAACAAUUCUCGUCAGCUAAUAAUAAUGAAAUGGGAUUAGCAGAGUGUAUCUCAGAGUGUGUAAAAAUGGCGGUCUCAUAACUAGCUAAACUUGCUAAAUAACAUGUAUCUAUGCUAAUAUAGGGACGCCUAUUAGCUUAGUUUUCGCUUUGUUACAGACUUUCUUCUUGAUCCGCACAUGCCUAAAUAGUGUUGAACCUUUUUUCUUCCUCAGUGGCAUUUAUUUUUAUUUAUUUAUUAUUUUUGUGUGUGUGUGUGUGUGUGUGUGUGUGGCGUAUUGUUGUAUCAUAGUUCUGUAUGUACAUACGUUAUUGGUCCAGUCGUGAAAUUGUGUGCCAAAGACAUUCAAAACACUUUCUAUUCCGUAGUCCUUUAGAUCAUAUGCUACUAAUGGUGUAUACAAUAUAUUUUAAAAACACUAAAUAUAAAUGUAUAUGAUUAUAUAUAUAAAUAUAUAUUUAUUCAGUGUGUGUGAGUACAUGUGUGUGUGUAUGAGCGUGAUGUUCGUCAAGGCCCUCGACUUCAGUGCAAUCGGUGUGUCGUGUAUCAGUGAUAACAUCGCGUGGAACUUCAACUGAAUGUUUAAAAAAAAAAAUUCAUUUAUUAUGUAUCAUUUUAUUAUUAUGUGGUGAUAUGAGCAGCUUAAACUCUGCCAUGUAUUUUACAGAAAACAUUUAAAUAAAAGCACAAUUUAGACAAAUCAUAUAGGAGAAUGGUUACAGAUUAAUAAAUAAAUGCAGAUGCAGUGGAUCAGCUGAACUGAUGGUCAUAUGUCUGGAGUACGUUUUCAGACGCUGUAAACUUCUCAGCUGAUCCAUUGCAUCUGAAUUAAAGGUAACAUUCUGUAAAUUUGUUGUUGUUUUUUUUCUGAAUUGUUCCUUUAAUGUACUAUAAUCUUCAAUUAUAUGAUAUUAUUGUUGUAUAGAAAACUUGCAUCCAGCAAUUGUGAAACUUUUGCACAAUGUCGUUUCCCUUCGGUCUGUAAAGUGUGUGUAACUGUGUACAACGAAGCGUCCACUCGCUGCUGUGUGUGUGUGUGUGUGUGUGUGUGUGUGUGUGUGUGUGUGUGUGUGUGUGAGAGGCUGAAGGACGACACUUUGACCUGCAAAACACGCCAUGUGAACACUGUUACGCUCUCCUGUACAGAAUGCAAUCCUAUUCGACGUUCUAAACUCUUGUCGUCCUCCUCGUUCGUUUUUUCAGAUCUCUGUGGUAAUUCUAUCUAUAAAUAUAUAAAUAAAUUAAAAUUAUAUGUACAUUCUUUAAUCCAUAUUUGAGUCAACAAUAAAAUGGAUCAACUGUA